AUGGCUAGAUUGUUGGGAAGCAGUGAAUUCAAAGUAAAUGGUGGAAUUGCAGUAAUUAGUGACAUUAUAAUUACAGCAUAGCCAGGAAAUAGUGUAUUGAUAUCAUUUUCUACUGAUGGAAUUGAUUUAGAAAAACCUUCAAACAAAAAAGCUAUUGAAUAGACAGGGAAUUAUUCACUUAUAAAAAUGAAUGAACCUGGAUUUUGUGAAAUAUGUCCUACAACUAAAGCAAAAUGCCUGGGUGGUGCGGAAAUUGGACCUUUGCCUGGCUUUUGGAGAAGAAGUAAUUCUUCAAAGACUUUCGAAAAAUGUAUUUACCAACCUGCAUGUCUUGGAAUGAUACCUCCUAUAAAUAAUCCAAUGGGAGAAUGUCUUUUAGGAUACAAAGGUAUACUUUGUGGUGAUUGCUAAAAAGGCUAUUCAAGAGAUUUGAAUUUUCAAUUGAUUAUAUUGGUUGUAUUUAUGGUUAGAUCUACAAUUAAGGGCGCUAAAGAUACCAGUAAUCAUUGA